GCUUAAAGACAGCCGAAGCCUCCCUUUGCGCGUAGAGACGUUCGAGCCAUAAGUACACCGCGCCACGCAUAGGCUCCUAUUUGACGUCUGGCUGCGUUUCGGAAACAUGAAGAUUAUUAACCACUCACUGAGGUGAAAUUCACUUGAGCUUAAUGACUGCAAUCUGAAGUUUCAUAAAUUGUUUAAAGGGGAGGCUUGACCUGCGAAGGUAAGAGAGGACGUCUCGUUAACUUUGCGAAAGCACGUUCCAGGCAGAGUUUCACUCAGAGCGAACGAACGUCACGAAAAUCGGACCAGCGACAUUAUCCUGAAAGCCACUGGACGAACGACAUAGCCCCGCCUUCAUAGCCUCUGACGUUGACUUGUCGGCAAACUGGUCUAUUGGCGUCCGCGUCGAACCAAAGCAGGAAGAACUCGUAUCUACCAGCAAAAUCCGGCAUCCAGGGGCAGGCUUUUGGUGAGUUGCCUACAAUGCAGUUGUUAAUCUGGGUCGACCUGGGAUGCUAGCUAGUACGGUGAAGACCUUGCAUUACCGUACCACACAAAAUUUUCCAUAAGAAGUGGUCACUACUGGGCCUGCUCGUUUAGGUACGAAGUUACUGCAGUUACAUGCGCUUGCCAGGCCCUCCACUGUAAACUAAUUCUCCAGCCGUCGUGCCGUGCUGGUGAGGUCUACAAGAUUAGCCGUACAUACGCAUCGGCCAGUAAACUAUUGCCUGGGCAUAUAACCACUUCGACGUCAGUGCUACCCAUGUGCAGCUGGCGGGGAUAAAACCUUGUUACGGUCAUGCUGCUCUUGUCUGGUGACCUGGGAGUAGCUACGUAAUGCAGCACAUGACUCACGCCUCUACACUGUCUUAGGAGAGCGAACCAAGUCUGACAAAGUACUAACUUAGAGGAGCCACAGAACCAAAAAAAGACAUUUAAGAAAAAAAAGCAGAACGUUCGAAGCGAGACAACAAGGGGCAACACCUAUACGCGAGGAACCAACAUGGCAGUGGCAGUGCAUAUUGCCGAGUACGUGGUGUUCGGCGUGCUCAUGCUGUCCAACCUUCUGGUCGGCCUCUACUUCUCGUUCGGCCGUCGCUCUCGGGACGGUGGUACCAGCGAGGCGUUCUUGGGCGAUCGCAGCCUGGGCACGCUGCCCCUGUCACUCUCCGUCCUCGCGUCCCUGGUCACUGCGGUCGGUGUGAUCGGCAUCACUGCGCACUUCUACCGCUACGGGCUGCACCUGAUGUGGGGCUCGGUCACCGUCUUCUGCCUGGUGCCGUUCAUCGCUCGCGUUGUGGUGCCCGUCAUCUACAGGCUCAGGGUCACUUCCGUCUUCGAGUACCUGCGGCUUCGCUUCGGAAACAAAGUGGGAGUGACUGCCUGUGCCUGCUACUUCGUAUUGAACCAAAUGCAAGGAGCAAUCAGCAUCUUCGCAGCGGGAGUCACCGUAGCCAUGUCCUUCCACCUGCCGCUUGCAUGGAGCUGCGUGGCCAUCGGUUUUGCCGGCACCAUUUACACGGCGCUGGGUGGUCUCCGUGCCGUGGUGUGGGCUGACGCCGUGCAAGGCGUGCUCAUUCUCAUCUGUCCGCUCACCAUCCUGGUGAAGAUCCUGUACGACUCCAUCUUCGACGUCACUGCCGACGCAUCAGUCGCCAGGCGCCCGUUCAGCGACAUUGACAUAAGGCCCUACAUGUUUCGGACAAGCCUGGACUUCACUUCCGACGAGAACAUGUGGGCAUGCUCAGUCGGCCUGCUGGCCAGCCACAUCUACCGGGUCGCCAUGGAUCAGAUGGUGGUUCAGCGGUAUGCAGCCGCCAGGUCGCUGCCUGAAGCACAGAAGACGGUUUUGGCUGGCAGCGUGCUCCUGGUGGUGUCGACCGGCUUCCUGGGAGUGGUGGCCAUGGCUCUGAUCUACUGGUACCGGGAUUGCGAUCCCAUUCUCUUUGGCACCAUCCACAAGAUUGAACAGUUGAUCCCGCUGUACGUGCACACGAGGCUCUCUGGCAUGCCUGGAUUCUCGGGGCUCUUUGUCACUGGCGUCGUGAGCGCCACGCUCAGCACAGUGACCUCCGCUGUGAAUUCCCUCGCUGCUACCACCUACGUGGACAUGCUGGCUCCGUACAUGAAUAUUCAGGAACGCUGGGUCAGCAUGAUCACCAAGGGACUCGCCUUUGCCUCCGGAUUGUUGAUGACUUUUCUGGCGCUGGCUAUUCCGUACAUUGGUUCAGCAGUGCGGGUGUUUAUGGUUAUGCACAGCAGCACUGCAGGUCCAUUCGUUGGCAUCUAUCUUCUGGCGUUGGCAUUUCCAUGGGCCAAUACAAAGGGCGUCGUUGUGUCUGCGUCUCUCACCACGGCCUUCCAACUGUGGGUGAUGAGUGGCAAGCUGUUCAAUGGCGUCCGACCCCCUUCCAUGGAGGUAACACUCGACCACUGCCCCGGUAACGCUACCAUGCUGGCCGCUAUCGUCGCAUCGAAGAUGGCAGCCGCUGCAGCCGCCAGCAAGCGCGACAUCUUCCCCCUCUACCGGCUGUCUAGCUAUUGGAGCGGCCUCAUGGCUUCCUUGUUGACUGUCACCAUUGGACUCGCAGUCAGCAUCGCCACAGGAGGCAACAGGAACAUUGCGAAACACAUUCCCCUCACGAGUGAGGUCUUCCUCCAGCUCUGGGGUAAGACGAAACUGCUCAAGGUACCCGAAGAAGAAAGAGUGCAAAAAGAGCCCCUCAAAGUUCUCAACAUAUCAGAGAUGGAGGCCCCUUCUUUCGCAUAGAGCAUAUUUCUCAAUCUUUUUACAGCUGCCAAACUGUCUGGAGACGCUCGCUAAGGUUAAAGAAAAGAACACUGCACUGACAAUAGCGAGCUAACAUACACCGUGUAAAUGCCUGUACGUUGGCAGACACUUGUCUCAUGUUGCUUACGCGAUCACGUCACUUGGACGAAAAGAAAAUGAAUGUAUCGAAUAACAUCGUUCACGAAGCUGUGCUGUAAUCGGCACUUACCUUUCUUUAAAAAGAAGAAGUGCGUAAAGUGGGUCGUGAUGUUUUAACACAAAAAUAAUCUACAAACAAUCGCCGUGGAUGACUCGCAAUAUACCACAGUUAAAGCGCCAACUUAAAUGGAGCAAAAAGAACUGUGCCCCGCCGCAAUUUAUCAGUGAAAUUGAAAAGCAAGCUGUCAUAAGCUGCCUGCAGUUCAAAAUACUACUACUUUAAGACGGUACUUUCUGGCUUCACAAAAAAUGCACCGGCAAAGUUUUGGGGGCUACUUGAGCGAAAAAAAGAGACCGGUGACGGAACUGGUAAAAUGUUGUACUGGUGAAAACUGGUAAAAUGGUUGACGAAACUACUCUAGAAAAAAGGUUACAUAAAAUCGCUCAACACUUCAACAACUACUUUCACAGCAUUUUAUUCCACUCAGACGUAGGUAACUUGUUUUAUUCGAGUGCUUUAGGAGCGCAUGGAGUAGACUAUUUCAUACAAUGGUACUGUGUCAAUGCCUUUGAAUUUAAAAACAGUGAAAUCCAUGUGGCCCAGAAUAUAUCCCAAAUACGUUUCUGAAGCAGAAGUUAUUGCUCUAUUUUUUAAAUACUGUUUCGAGCUUCCUUGUUAUCCUCUUAAGUGCCCAAACACUGGAGGACCGCUCAAGUAGUGCCUGUUUUUAAAAAGCGAAAUCAUUCAUCGGUAGAAAACUAUCAACCAAUAUCAUUAACUUCGUUUUGCUGCAAACUAAUUGAGCAUAUCACAGAGUUUUUACCCAAAUCACAGAGUUUUAUCCAAAUCACAGAGUUUUAUCCAAAUCACAGAGUUUUUAGAAAGAAAUUCAAUUUGAACAGGUUGCCAGCACGAAUUCAUAAAAAGGCUAUCCCACUAUGACACAACUGCUAACUGUAAUUCAUUCAUUUGCGAAAAGUAUAGAUAAUAAUGGUCAAGUGGACGCUCCUUUUUCAGAUUUCAGUAAGGCAUUCGACCAAGUAGUUCAUUAUAAACAUAUUCAGAAACUUGGAGAUUACAAUCUUCCAACAUUAUAAUUUCUUGGGUAGAAGCCUAUCAUUCAGAUCGGGUGCAGUUUGUUGCUAUUGAAGGUAUAAACUCGAGCUGUCUUCCAGUAACAUUCGGUGUACUCCAAGGCAGCGUCCGGGGUACACUAUUAUUUUUGUUUAUAAAAAUGACAUUGUCACCGUCGUUACACCAGGUACACAGAUAAAGUUGUUUGCGAACAAUCCUGUUUCAUUAAAGCAAAUAUCUGCAGUGCAUGACAAAAUAGGGCUUGAAAUAAGUUUGCAGAACGUACAAUCUUGGUGUGACAGUUCAGGCAUGGUUUUAAACAAGGACAAGACAGUAAGUUUUCGUAUAACAUGCAAAAAAACCCCACGAAAAUAUACCUACCCACUGGCCACUCCACCUCUUACGGAAGUUUAAAUUACAAAUACUUAAGUGUAACAUUCACGAACAAUUGAUCGUGAAACACGCAUAUUAGCAAUGUUUGUUUCUCCUCCUUCCGUAAAUUUGCUUUCUAAAACACAACCUUCGCAGUUCACCUGCAAGCAUUAAAUUACUUCGAUACAUGGCAUUCAUUCGUACCGAGAAGAGUUAUACGCUUGUAUUAAAUGGCACCCAUACACUUGGCACAACAUUAAAAUGUUGGAUAAAAUCCAGAGAAAAGCUGUUUGGUUUAUUUACUCUAAGUGUAAGCGCACCGAUUCUCCCACACAGCUCAUUAUAUAAAUGUCAUUCCGCUGCUCGAAACACGCCACCAGAAGCUUCGCCUCAACUUUCUACAAGCAUUAAUUAAUCAUGAAUUAUCCAUAGACCCCACGUCAUAUGUGCCCCCUCCCCCCGCCCCCUGUCCACGAGGCGUACACCUAACGAUCACACACAUGCAUUAACCCCUCAUUUUGCAAGGACAGAUACUUACAAAUAUUAUUUCUUCCCGAGAACAGUGACGCAGUGGAACUAUAUGAAUGAAGCUUCCUAAGAAGUAGCUCAUUACCACUGUCUUAUUUUUUGUAUCACCGUAUUCUUUGUAUUCCUUGCAUUUGAUUCUUAUUAUCUUCAUGUUACCUUAUUUAUAUAUUGAUAUUAUGUUAAUUUUUGUUUACAUAUUAGUGUUCUUUGUGCAUUAUGUUUGGAGCUUUGUAUAUUGUUUGGUCUAACUGUAUUGAUGUUUUGUAUUGGACUUCCCGUUUUAUAUUUAUAAUCAGUGCUCUUCCUGCAAGUACCGAAUUCUAGUCUGCAGUAUGUUAUAAAAAAUAAAAAUAAAUAGCGUUAUAUCACCCACGCUAGGACAUUCACAGACGUGCUAAAACUACUGUAAUCAUUAGUUAUUGUACCUGAUAUAACUUGGAAACGGUUGCCGAUGUGGGCUUUCUUUCUAAACUAUUGUAUGAGAUAUAUUUGAUUUUGUAUCCGAUAUUUAUGACGUCCCCUUGAGCAAGAUGCCGUCAGCUUUUCCUAUAUUCUCAAUGUCUCUCAUAGGCAUGACCACUAGCACCGCAGCCUUACCAGGAGCCCACCCCGGGAAAAACGAGGGUAACAUAAGUACUCAGGCUACUUGUUAAAAUGAACAAGAACAUGUUUGGCGAAAACAUGGAUUAGAAUCAUGCCACAACUGGAAGACAUUCAAAGCGGCACCCAGUGGGUACACAUACGCUGUUUAAGAUGACGCAACUGAACUAAGAGAUAUUUCUCGUUAACAAGCGCACACUCGGAAGAAAU